GACGAAUGUCAAUGAAAAUAAAAAAUAAAUCGAGCCUUUUUUUUGUAAGAUAAAUUAGAUAAAAUUAUUUUAUUUUAGAUAUGGCAAGCAGCAGCUUCACAAGUUUUCUUCUCUUUGAGUAUCAGUUUUGGUUCACUUAUUGCUUAUUCAGCAGCUAACGACUUUCAUAAUAAGUUUUUUCAACAAAUGUGUAUUGUGGUAUUGUGUGAUUGUUUUACCGGUGUUUUUGCUGGUUUCGCUGUAUUUGCUACUGUUGGAUUUCUUGCUACAUCAUUGGGUGAAGAUGUCGAAACAUAUGCUAGAUCAUCAGGUCCUAGUCUAGCAUUUAUUACUUAUCCUCAAGCACUUGCAAAAAUGCCAGCGAGUCCAUUCUUUUCUGUAAUAUUCUUUUUGAUGCUUCUCGCUCUCGGAUUGGGUUCACAGUUUGCUUCUACUGAUGUGCCAAUUACUGCUCUCAUGGAAUUUUUUCCAUCAUAUGCAAAACGACGAACUUUUCUCGUCAUUAUAACUUGUACACUAUUCUAUCUUUUCAGUUUACCAUUUGCUUGUCCAGUGAGUAUUGUUUACGAUCAAUAA